AUGGCACUAUCAAACGAUAGUCAGUUUUUAAAAUUGAACAUCGUUGUUGCUCAGCCCCUUCUUUUGCUUUUUCCUCUGGAACCAUGGUCUAGGAUGGUCAAUCAGUGCUAUAAUAAAAUGCAUACUUUAAAAAGACGAUAUCGUCAAAUUGUUGACCAUAAUGCUCAAAGUGGAAAUGAUAGAAAAGAAUGGAUAUAUUUAGAGGUAAUGAAUAACAAAAUUACAUUGGAGGAGAUAUUCUGCAACAAACCUUGGAUAAAGCCAUUAUCUGUAGCAGGCUCAAAUAUUCAAGAACCAGAAAAAUCAGUAUUUGAUGAUGAUGAAAAUGUGCCACCAACUAAACAAAAGAAAAUCUCAUUAAAUGAGGAAAGAGUUCAUUAUUUGCAAACAUCUUUGGAAGAAAAACGAUUAAAAAGAGAAGAGACCGCUAAUUAUAGAGCAGAAAAGUUAAAAAUAUUGAAAGAAUUGAAAGCCAUUUUAAAAAAGUAA